UUUUAAAUUGUGACGUAAAUGUAUUAGCAAACGCAACAUAACCCCAAAUAAUAAUUUAUUUUUGUUUUUAUUUUGCUACAUAUAAUAAACUUAAACAUUGUAUUUAAAAAAGAAAACUAUAAAAUGUCUAAGAAACAGUAUGGUUUGAUUAUUCCAAAUAAAAAGGUUGGUUCAGGCUUAACUAUAUCCAGGCCUUCUAUAUUUGAUGAAGACUCAGACUCUGACACACCAAAAGCAAAAAAACCAACAGGUUACACCAAAGUUAAGAAGCAAGACUUGAUUAGUCAACAAAAGGCCUUAGAAGAAGACCCAACUGUAUACCAAUAUGAUGAAGUGUAUGAUGAAAUCGAAACUAAAAGGAAGGAAACAAAACUGGCUCAAAAAAAUGUUGAAAAGAAACCAAAGUAUAUUGUGAAUCUUUUAGCAGCUGCUGAUAGAAGGAAAAGGGAACAUGAGAGGAGAAUUGAGAGGCAAGUGCAAAAAGAGAGGGAGGCAGAAGGUGAAGAAUUUAAGGAUAAAGAAUCAUUUGUUACCUCAUCAUACAAAAAGAAGUUAGAAGAGCUGAGGGCUUUGGAGGAAGCAGAAAAGCGGGAGGAGUAUUUGGAAAGUAUAGGAGAUGUGACCAAGCAAGGAAAUUUGGAUGGGUUUUAUAGACAUCUUUAUGAUCAAAAAGUGAAUUAUGUUGACAAAGACAAAGAAAAGGAAGAACCAAGUAAAAGUAAAGAUGAACCGGGUCCCAGUAAGAAACCUAGAUGCAGUAGCAACAGCGAUGAUUCAGAUAAUAAUGCAGAGAAAGCAAUUAAAAGAAAGUCAGACAUUAAAAGCAGAACAUACCGAUCAAGAAAAGAGGAUUCAGACAGUGAAGAUGAAAAAGCAGAUGGAAAAGAGGAGCUACCAAAGCAACAUUUACCUUCAAAUCUUGAUGCUGAUUCUGACUUUAGUGUGGACUCCUCUUCAGAUAGUGACAGUGAGGAGGAACAAGUGACUUCCAAACCAGAAACAGACAAGAAAGAAAUUGACAAGUCUAUUGAACAUGAAGGUGAGAAACUAAAACUGCCUGAUAAAGGUAAUGUUUUAAGCGACAACGCAUCUUUACUAAAGAAGAUUGAGGGUAAAGACGACCAGAAAGUAACAGACAAGGAAUCUAAAAAUGAUUUGAAAAAAGAAAAAUCAGAAGAUUUGGUGGAAAAAGUUGAAGAAAAAGAAGAAAAGCCCAAAAAGCCUAAAGUUGAUAUAUGGAAAAAGCGGACUGUGGGUGCAGUAUUUGAUGAAGCAGUUAAAAGAUAUUUUGAAAGAAAAGCUGUCAGAGGAUGGUAGAAAAAAAAAUAAUUUCAUUAAAGUCGUAUAUUAAAUUUAAAAAAAAAAAAACAAGAUGUACAAAUAUAAAUGCAAUACGGCAUACACAAUAAAUGUUUGGUUCUUAAAAUAA